AUUGAUCUCUGAUGAUUUUGUUGUUAGGAACGACGUGUUAAUGCUAUUCAUUCGAAUAAUACUCAAAUGAAUCUUUUUUCCGAUGUGCAAAAAUUCAACAUUUUUAUUUGGAAACUAUUGAUUUUAUUUCAUUUUUUGAAAUAUUCAAAUGCCCUCCGAGACACUUGUCCGAUGGGAUGCCAAUGCGAUGAGGACAAGCAACAGGUGACAUGUGAAGGGCAACAAGUUGUAACUCUACCUGACAGGCUUCCGUCUGGAUAUGAAAGCCUCGUCAUCAGAAACUCUUCUGUCCGAACAAUUGAGAAAAAUUCGUUUCGAAAAAUGGAAAAGUUGAUGCAAAUUGAAUUUGAGAAUAAUCCGAAUCUUGGAACAAUUGAGAAAUUGGCAUUUAAGGGGCUGAAGAAGAUUAGACUAAUAAAAUUCACCACCUGCCCCGGAUUAACAGAACUCCAGAAGAACGCAUUCAGUGGAAUUCAAAAUCAAAUGGGUCUCAAGAUAAUUUUCGAAAAAACUCCGAUUCAUCGAAUCGACGGGCACACAUUCCGAAAUGCACAAAAUAUUCGAGAGCUGACAAUUUCUGGAGAAGAAUUGGCUCUUUCUAGGCACUGUUUUGCAAAUAUCAAUCAGCUCGAUUUUCUCACUGUUUCCGGAGUUGUGCUCAUUGAGCCCGAGAUAUUCACAAAUUCGACGCGUUUCCACGUGGUUCACUUUAAAAACUCUCAGUUCGACAUUCCACCGAGCACAUUUAGCACCUUGUCACAUACAUCUCAUCUUCUGAUAGAACACAGCAAAGUUCCUUCUAUAGCACCCGAUGCAUUUUCCGGCCUAACAACGAUCCAAGUAAUUGAACUACACGCCUGCCAACUUGGAACAAUUUCUGCACGAGCAUUUGCCAAUGUUGAGAAUCUGGGAGAACUUAAAAUAUUGAGAAAUACAAUCGGAGACUUGGAUACAUCUGAAUCAAUUAUGUCAAGAGCACUUAAAACAAGAAUAGAAGAGAAUACAUUGGAGUGUAGUUGUGGGAUGAAAUGGAUGACUAGUGUUGAGGAGAUGUCUGACAUCAACUUCUGUAGUACAACUGCAUCAUUCCGCUCGAUUCGUUCAUUUAUCAAAGCAAAAUGUCUCAAUCCAUCACAAGAAAUUUCAAGAAAAACGAAUCAUCUUCCAUCAAUCUCUUCUUUUUCUUCUUCUUCUAUUGUAAAUUUCUAUUUUUUAUCACUUGUAUGGUAUUUCUCGGUACGGUUUUUUGUAUUUAGAAUAUAGAAUUUUGAUAGUACUUUUUUUGGAAACUAUGAUCUCAAUCAGAGAGCUUAAGUUUUGAAUGUUUUUAAACAUUUCUGCAAAAUAUAUUCACAUUGCUAUACAUAUCUGAAAUAAAUUUUUUGUUAUUUU